AUGCAGUCCAUGAAGUACAUGGAAGAUCUAAAUUCAACAAGGUUACUACAGGAAGUAAGCACAAAACUACCCUUCAAGUCAGGCUCCAGGUGGUGUCACCAAGCACGUGAUGUCCUGAAGAAAACGGAGAGAACGGUAUCCUUCCACGAUCUAGUAGAAUUUGUCAGAGAAGAAGCAGAUCUCGCAAAUGAUCCGGUUUUUUCUCCCGAAGCGUUGAAAAGUAAAAAAAACAAGGUGCCUGACAGAAGCCGAAUAAUGAGAAGUCAGGGAGCAAACAGUUUUGCAUCAUUUUCCUCUUGUACCCCGCCUAGGGAGAGCAGAGGAAGGCCUAAUGCAGAGCAAGAGCCGAAACAGCAAAGUUCGUGCGUCUUCUGCGGCGGUAACCACCCACCUCACAAGUGUGGAGAA